GGUAUACUCAUGACAACAAAAAAUAUGGAGAUAAAAAAUAUAGAGAAAUAGUGUAAAAGAGUUGUGUAUUUCUGCGUCUGUUUUGUUUCAAUUUUCGCGCUUCUUCAAGAUUAAUAAAUAGAAUUGUUAUGUCCGACAAGAGGUAGGGAAUUUCCUAAAAGGAAAACGAUGUCUCGUAUCUGCAAUACUUAUUUUGUCCUUCAAAUACAGAAAUUCUCCGUUUAUAUUCUAUAUAUAUAUAUUUUAAAAUAUAAAUAUCACUUAUUCACUUUACUGUAUAUAUUUUAAUAGUUUAAAAGUAUUAAAUUCUGCGUAUUUUAAAUUUAGGUCUGAAAGAUCCUUGUGGGAUAUUGCUAUUGAUAUAAGAAACGACAAUGAAAAUAAAAAGAAUGGUAAUGUGUAAAAUAUUACAGUAGUAAAAGUAGUAUAUUUCGACAGCCAUGGUGAAUUUCCUUUCUACAUGCGAGAAACUAUAAAAGCUUGCGCGAGUAGUAUAUACUGUAGUAUGUACAAAAAUGAAUAACAAGUACCUACGGUGCUUUUGCCACUGAAACAGAAAAAUGGAAGUCUGACUCCAGCUCAAAACAUGAAGCCAAACAUGGUGGAUUUUGAAGGCAUGCCAGUCCUCCCAAUGUGUGUGGUCGACUGAACUUAUAUACAUUUUCCCUAUCCCCAAGUAAAAUCGAAGAAAAUUUGAAUGAAAAGUUGAAUGGAAAUUUUGUUUUGGGUUGGUUCUAAUAAUCUUGAGAAUUUUUGGCUGUGUGGGUAAGUGGACUAAAACUGAUGCCCAAAGAAUGCCUUCAAAAUUCACCAUAAUUGACUAAGAUACAGAGUUCAGUAGGUUUCACUGCUGCCAAAUUGCUGCAUGAAAUUGAUAUUUGUGAUUAAUUUGCAUUAAGUCAAUAUUUAAAAUCAAUCCAGCAAAAUGGCUUGUGGAACAUAGUAUUAAACUGUAACUAUGAAGUGUUGGAAGUAUGAAUUACAGGGUGCGAUAAUUCAAGAUUUUUAGUUGUACCUGACUGGUACUCUAAUGACUAUCGUGUCGUACUUGAGCUGGUACAAACUUAAGACUCAAGGUGUACAACUUACCCUUUGAAAUGGGUCAUUCCAGAAAACAUCCAUACCACCCCCACGGAGGAAAUAGGAAGUUAACCCCCCUACCCCCUUCGGAUGUCCUAAUACAUGUACUAUUAUCAAAAACAAUUUUUUUCUCCCCUCCCCCUCCGGACAGCAGAAAUUUCCUCUGUGAGGGGAGUAUGGAUCUUUUCUGGAACGAGUCCCAAUGAUGAUGUGCCCGUGGAACAGGUUUCUGAAAGGUAUUCAGUAACCCGAAACUACAAGUUAGAAUGAGAAGGACGACAAUUACACAAAACACUAGAAUUGGCUCCAACAUUCCCAUCAGUCCAGCAUGUUUCAUGCCCAGACAUGUCAGAUGGACCUAUAUAUACCUUUACACAGGGAUGGAUUUGCUGCGGGGGUGGAAGGGGGGUGCACCCCCUAGCCCUGGCCAGGGGGCUGCUAUUUUUCAUGAUAAAGCAAAAAAUUAUUAGAGACAAAAUAAGACACAGUAAUUUGAGUAAUAACAUGAUGAUAAGCAAACUGUGAACAACAAUUACAAUUCAAAUGCUGUAGUCAAGCAAAACUUUGCAGUAGUAAGCAAGUCGAUGGGUGGGCGGCACACAUGACUGACACAAUUAGCUCGGCACCAGAGCUGGCAGAGCACCCUACCAGAUCAUGCUGGAUCCAUCCCUGCCUUUACAUAAUAAUACAGUUUUGAAUACCUUCGGCUUGGUACUUAGGUCCUUUGGUACUAUCAAAAGUUCCACGUACCUACGUGGUACUUGGUUAAAAACAAAGAAGUACCAGACAGGCAUAUUGGCAUACCUACAGUACGUAAGUAUGCAAAUUAUCGCACCCUGAAUUACGUACUGUUAUUGUAUUGGGGAAUGGAGGUCAAAACCCUGUAGUGAGUAUCAGGUUGAGUAUACAAACAGUCAAAUAGCUUCGACAGUGAUCUAUCCAAAACAGAGUUCUGUCAAGGUGCUGUGUACUUGUUUUAGACAAAAUUUAUUUAUUAACUUUACAAUCAUACAAAAAAUUAUAACAAUGAUUGAAGGUAUGGUCAACAGGACAUGAGUCCCAUGUGAAGACCAACCUGAUACAAUACAAUAAGUAGACAUACAUUAAAGACAAGGACUAGAACACUAUUUACAUAGCUAUAUAAAAAUUAAUAGUUUAGAUUAUGAGCAACAGCUUAAAAUUAGAGCAGUAGGUUUUUCAAGUGCGCAUUCUGUUAACAUCGAAAGAAGAGUCUAAUUGAGAAGAGUAGUGAGAAUGGAGCUGGAGCUUGAAGGAUGAAACAGACGAACUGUUACGAAUGAUCGGAGAGAGAUUUUCCAUAGAAAGACAAUUCGGUUAAAAAAAAGAGUUUCUAAAAAGAGAGGUUUUGCACGGAUUGACUUGACAGAAGCAAGUUGUCCUUGCUUGAACGGGUUAAUUGUACUAGAUUGAAAGGGUGUCCACUUCACAUUAUUGAUUGCUUGUUAAUUGUACUAGUAAGAUUGAAAGGGUGUCCACUUCACAUUAUUGAUUGCUUGUUAAUUGUACUAGAUUGAAAGGGUAUCCACUUCACAUUAUUUCACCCUGCAUAGCACAUACUGUAUAAUGCACCCAGGAGUCUCUAAAGUACUUUUAAUAUGUGCAGGUGAAAAUGGUGAAAAGAUUCCUAAUCAACAAUCAGAAGAACUGAGCAUUUUAAUCAUGGGCAGUAAAGGAUCAGUAAGAAAUUUAUAAAUAUAUUUUCAAAACUUCAAUAAUAGAGAAUACCAGAGUAUUACAGUAUGACUUGUUGAUAAUAGUAUCACUGUGAUUGUUCUCAUUUGGACCUGAAUUGUAAAUUCUAUUUAAUUAAAUAUUUAUUUACUUUAACCCAUUGAGUACUGUGUUAGACAGAGUAAAAUAAUAAAGUGGUUAAGUUUUGUUGACUUAAUAUAUAUAUACAUUUAUUAUUUCCAUAGGGAAAAUCAACGAUUGUCCUGAGAUUUCUAGACAAGUAUGUUAAUUUAUCUUUUACCAUACUGUACAACUAAAAGUAGUCAAAUUAUAUCUACCAUAGGCCAUAGCUGCCCAUGCAAUUAUAUAAUAUAAUUGCAGUAUAGUUGCACCUGUUCUUAUAAACCAGAAAAAAUUUCUACUUUCAGAGAUGAAAAUCCUAAACCAACGGUAGCCUUAGAUUAUACAUUUGGAAGAAGAGCAAAAGGCCACAACAUGGUUAGUAACCUUUUCAUUUUUUGUUUUGCCAUAUAGUUUUAAAAUCCAUUCUCCUUGUUCUUAUUUAUGUUUGUUGUUUUUUGUUAACCCGUAUCACAUGUAUCUCGGACUCUCAGUCGUAAAAAUUGAAGGAAAGUAGAGUAUGGUUUGUGUAUGCAACAUGUUUGUUCUGUUCCCGGCAUUGAGGCAAUGCGAGCAAUAGUCAUGAGUCAAUGUGAUCAAUAUUCAUGACUCAUGAGAAUGCGAAGAAUAUAUGCACUGUAGAAAAUGUACCCAGCUAGGAUAUUUGUUUUUCUUGUUGUUGUUUGGGGGUGUUAACAGGCUGAGGGUGUUGACAGGCUGGAUUGUGAGCAGUAUGCCAGUGUUAGGCCGUGUUUACAAAUGCAUCUCUUGCCAGUAUUAGGCGGUGUUGACAAACGCGUCCCUUGCGUAUGUUCUCUAUUGGUUAUACUCCCAUUGUGAUCAUGUUUUCAGCAAAGAGAUAUCGGUCAUAUUUGGGAACUUGGUGGAGGUGCAUUUCUUUCAAAACUUACUGAGGUCCCCUUGAAGGCUGAUACAAUCAGGUGAGGUAUACAGUAUUUGUACAAUAAGGGGGAUGUUAACAGAGAGGAAAUUUAUUUUUGUUGUCAAAACAUGAAGAUUAAGGUCAUUCAAAAUCUUGAACUUCAAAUGGCAAUAGACCUUUCCCCUUAAUACCUUAUGAGUGAAAUUUUGAUCUAGAUCUGCCUGGACGAAAGUUUCAUCACAGCUUGAAAGAGCAUCACAAAAUUAGUAAUAUUCCGAAGUUUCGUUGUGAAAUGUUGUAAAAUGCGGAUAGUAUAGCCUUGCGAAGUUUGCCGUUUUUCAGUCAUUUUGCAUUACAAACGGGAAAUUGAUAAUCAGAUGAUCAAACUGAUUAUGAAUUUCCCAUUUGUAAUACAAAAUGACUGAAAAACGGCAAAAAUCGCAAGGCUAUAUUAUCCCCAUUUUACAACAUGUCGCAACGAAACUUCGGAAUAUUACUAAUUUUGUGAUGCUCUUUCAAGCUGUGAUGAAAUUUUUGUCCAGACUUGUCUAGAUCAAAAUUUCACUCAAAAGGGGAAAGGUCUAUUAAUAAUACUGUGGACACGUCCUUUAACACACUCACAUCCUUUUCUUGUUAUUUCAAUAUUUGUUAAUGUAAUUUGUAAUGGCGAAGUUGUAUAAAUAAAUAAAUCUAAUCACUUCACAUGUGGGUUUUUGUCGUGGGGCGUGGUAUUUAAAUGAAUUUCUUCUAAAAACGGAGCUACAUUAAUUAUCAGCAAUAUAUGAGAAAAAAUUGGGAUACUCUGGUUUCCCCCUACUGGUCCUGUAGUAAAAGCGACACUGGCCCAAUAUAGCAUAUGUGGCCUUACUGGUACUCAAAGGAGAAAGCUUAGAAGUGAUACUGUACUCUGUAGACAAUAAAGAGCGAUCCUGCAUGUAUAAACAAAGUUACCUGUAGUUUAGUAAUUAAUUUAGUCUUUGAACACGGUCUCUUGGUGCCCAUCACACAACAUAUAUAUAUAUUAUAUAUAUAUAUAUAUAUAUAUAUAUAUAUAUAUAUAUAUAUAUAUAUAUAUAUAUAUAUAUAUAUAUAUAUAUAUAUAUAUAUAUAUAUAUAUAUAUAUAUAUAUAUAUAUAUAUAUAUAUAUAUAUAUAUAUAUAUAUAUAUAUAUAUAUAUAUACUGCACCUAUGUGAAUACUUGUUUUUCUUUUUUCAGGUCAACAUCGGUACUUCUUGUUGUAGAUUUAUCUAAACCAAAUGAACUUUGGCAAACAAUGGAAGUCCUUUUAAAAACCGUUAGUAGUUUUAAAUUAAACUUUAAUGUGACAUUUCCUUUGGAAUAAUUUUGAAGUGGUUAUUAGUUUAAUAUAUUAAGUGUGAAUUCAAUUUCUUCAGACAAGAGCUACUGUGGAUAAAUUGCUGUCAGAUUUGAAGAAAGAAAACUCCAGGUUUGUUUGAAUUAUAUUGCUUAGCUAGUAGAACCUCUCUAUUAUGGACACAUCUCUAUUACGGACACCUCUCUAUUAUGGACACCUCUCUAAUAUACGGAUACCUUUCUAUUACGGACGCCUCUUAUACAGACACCUCUCUAAUAUACUGACACCCUUUAGUACACUGACACCUCUCUAAUAUAUAGACACUUCUCGUAUACUGACACCUCUCUAUUGAGGACAUCUCUCUAAUUUCUUUUAAGCAAGAACUAAACAACAGUGAUGGCUUUUUUGUACAGUCAGAUGGAAUUUUCGAACACAAAUUUAUAUACAUUUUUGGACUUAACCAGGAGAAGUUGCGAAAAAUGCAACUAUAAGCUAUUAAACGAAACAGGUUUAAGUAGUAUCUCAUCAAUACAAAGGAACUCAAAGCGAAUUAGCUAACUAUUUUGUAACAAAAUUACUCUCUCGUGUGCUUAAGUUAAUUAAAAACUGUCAACAUUCUUCAAAGUCAAAAGCAUACAGAACUUCAAAUACAGAGAAACGACACAAACUGAGGUGAUAAAGAUGGCAGAUUGGAAAGUCUGUUCCUUCGAUGUCUCUUCGAAAUAUACAAAAAAAUCUAGAAAUUUGAUACUGUAUAUAUCGAGAUGCACACAAGUCGUGACACAAGCUUCGGAAGAUAGUACAUUGUCAUUUGAAGUACCAGUUGAUGAAAAUGUUCAUUGUGUUACCUGUGAAAUUGCACCGGAUCUUUCAAAACAACCCCCUAUGCGUUGAGAGACCCAGUGCAAUUUCGUGGGAGUGAAAAUCUAUAGUCUGUAUAGAGCUGCAUAUCACCACAUAUCUGCAUGCACUCACCAUGAUGGCUUUAACCGUAGAGAAACUGGGCCAAUCUAAAUGACAUAAAUUUUACUGCUAGAAAUAAUGUAUAGGUUAGAGAAUCAUGUUAGUAAAUUACUUAUGGCUUUUUCUAACAGCUUAGCACAGGAGAUCCAAGACGCAGCUUGGACACGAUUUGGAGAAAAUCAUGCGGUAAGUUGAUAAUUUAACGAUAUUUUAAAAUAUUUAACCAACAUUACCCAAUAUUUCGCUCAACCUCGUAGACAUGGGCAUUUCCUGGAAGUGAGAAAAUACCCUUGCCGUUACUUGUAGUCACGCGACUGCCUAGAUUUCGGGCAGUGACUCAUAUACUUCGUGAGGGAGAGGAUGAAAUAAUAGCUACAGGGUACAUGCAGCUACCAUGGAAAUAAAUGUAAAUAAAAGAAGGCGCAAAGCGCGGUAUUUAACCGUUUAGAACUGACGAUAGGUAUGAACUAAAAUUAGAUGCAGUGAUCCACGUAUCCACAGCAAAUGUCGCGAAACCUCGUGUCCACAAAUAUUCAGCCUUUGGUUGUAUUACGAUGCAUGGGUUCGAGAUUGUCUAUUGUGAGCAAAACUUCAUUCAAUAGGCGCUAUCACAUCUUUAUCCAUAUUUUACUUUAAGGAUAAAUCUUUCCUCACUCCAUUUCCAAUUCCUCUUGGAAUUGUGGGUACCAAAUAUGAUAUUUAUCAGGUAAGAGCGUUUUCUGCAACAAAUAAAACGUCUUUCCAUUAUUCUGUACAUUUCUUUUGCAUGAAACGGCAACUAUACAGGGUGUAUAAAAAAACGAGACCUUUAGAAGUCAAGCUCUUGUUGGAAUUUGAAUACAUAGCACUAUGCUGAACCCAGGGGGCAUAAAACAGAAUAGAAGUGAAUUUUAUGCAUGACGAAGUUAUUUAAAACUUUCAUUUGGUUUCGUCCAACAUAUGAAUUAUGUGCUGAUUAAUUUAACGCAGCGCGUAAAACAGUAAAAACUCUGUGGGCAGUUGAACCAUUUUUAUUCGAACUGACGAUAUGACUAAUAGUACUUUGACUAUUUUUUGUGCAGUUAUGCUCUUUCAUACGAUUAGAGGCUAUUUUGCUUAACCACACCCUGCAUGCAUAACAUAUAUAUUGCAGUCAGUGGCGCCCGACGAUUUGGUCCCGCUAUUGCAAAUUUCAACUCAUUAUUCAUUUCUUUAGAAAUUGAUUAUGUUGAUAGUUUAUAAACAUGGCAAUAUUUGCAUAGCUAGCGGGACUGAAUCGUCGGGCUGGCUACGCCACUGAUGGCAGUGAUAACAAGUGCCAUGCUACAAAAUUGUCCAGACGAUUUGUUACUUCCUUGAGAAUUUUUCGUUUCAUUUUUUCCAUCAAUGUAUUGUUAUUUGGCUCUCACGUUUUUAUUGUUGUGUAGGAUUUUGAUCCUGAGAAAAGAAAGAUGAUCAGCCGUACUCUACGUUUUAUUGCUCAUAGCAAUGGCGCACACCUACAGGUACACUUAACGUUAUUUAAUGAUUCAUAUACUAUGCAUCUUUGUCAGACCCAGUCUCUUUACCACAGAAAAUAACUCACUGCCGUCUGAUUUAUACAUAUAGACGUUAUACUUUUCUCAUUGUUCCGACUGAAGGAUAGACUUCAUUUCAAAUAUAUUUGACCGUACAUUUUGCAAGAACUACCUCCUCCGCAGGUGCUUAGGGAGCAUUACGGGCAGGUUCGGAAAAUGCGGGUUACAGGCCUUCGUCUUUCGCUUUACGUUUCUAAAUAUGGCCCGCAAAAUUGCACCGCCCGCAAAUUUUCCCGAAAAAGGGCCUGCGGAGGAGGUAGGUGCAAGAAUAUAAACUGCAUGCAUGCAUGCAAUGUCAAUCUCGUUCCCAGAGUAUGCCUGUUCGCGAGUUAGGUAGUGGCACUACCUAACCCGCGAACAGGCAUACUCUGGGAACGAGAUUGAUGCAAUGUUUGAUUUUUUGUUGGGAGGGCUACCUAAGGUCCCCCCCCCUAACCUCUAACAUUGCACAAAAUUAUAAUUAUUAUGACCAUUGAAGCAGAGCUGAUAUUUACAAUAUCUUGCUCUUUUGUUUUUUUCAAGUAUUUUAGCUCUAAAGCAGAAGGAUUGAUAACUCGAACAAGAACGUUGUUUGGCAGUUUAUUAUUCCGUGCAGCAGCGAGGUGAUUUUCUGCACUUGAUUAUUUUUAAUAUUUUAUGUAAUUGAAGCUAUUAACAGAUAAGAUUGCUGUCUAAACCAAGGAUGACAAAUCUUCUUAUAUUAUUUUAUUUUCUAUAGCUUUGAAAAAAACAUAAUCGUAUACUUUCAAUUGAACCAUUGUUUAUAUAAAAAUAGAAAAUUGUUAGUUGUUCACCAAUAGAUUUGUAUCACAACUGCUUGACACUUCAAUACUUCAUAUACAAAUAUCACACAAAUCACUAACAUUAAAUUUUUGCUUGAAUGUCGAAAAUCUUCUUAUAUUCCCUUAAAUCUUCUUAUAAUGAAUAUACUGUACUGUAAGAAUUAAGAUUUUUUCUGAAAAAAUAUCCAUCCCUGGUCUAAACUACAGGAUAUAUGGACCUGAAAACAUUGUGGAAGCUUAGCAGAACCUUCGUUCGAACAUCGAUGAGUUUUUAAUCUUUCCUAGACACGCGUCAUCUUAUUGUUGAAUAGUAUACCUACACUAUUAAAUGCACACAGCAUAGUACUAGACAGUGAGCAGUUACACUGUAUUGCAGUUUCCAUGUGCUUAAACUUUAUUUUUCUUCAUUGUUGUUACAGUAAAGUUGUUUCUACUGACCACAACAAGCCAAUCAUAGUGCCAGCUGGUCAUGACACCUUUGCAAGCAUUGGUAGGUUGUACAUGUACUUCGUUCAUACCCGUUCAUUGUGUUGCAUUAGCAAGAAAAACCGUUGGGUAAAGCCUGGUUUUCAUUUAGUCGUGUCUGUAUGUCAUGAACAUAUCAAGGUGGCCGAUGCAAAACCACUAGUGAGUCGAAGUUCUGCUUGUAUUUUUUAGGUAUAGUUGUACCCUGUGCACGGACGUAGCGAAACAUCUGAAGUUGGGGGGGGGGAGUGUCGGAGGAUUUUACCUAAAAUUUGAACUUUAAUGUUAAAAAUUCACCUGGAGUGUAAUAAUUAUAACAGAGCUUUUUCUGAUUGAUUUCCACUGUCAUACUAAGUUUGCGAAGAAAGGGGGGUCUUGAAGGUCUUCCCCCGGAAAAUUUUAACAUUUUUGAAGCUCCACGACUGCAUUUCUUGCGUUUUCUAAAGCAAAUUCGCAAACGAAUUGGAUCAAAAUUGAAUGUAUUUUACAAAAAUGGUUAUUACUAAUGGGUAUUACGCAAAUUUUACCUGAAAAUGUCAAAAUUUCAACUUGAAUUUUACUUGAGUUUCACAGUUGGGAGUGGUUUACACCCCCCCUCCCCCACACACCCCCCGGUCGCUACGUCCCUGUGUACCCUCUUUCAACCGACAGCUGUCUCGUUGUCGUUGCUGCCUACACUGACACAGACCGUAUAUUUAUAUAGUCAGUAACAACUUAUUUGGAUACAACGCAUAAAAGGCGACAUAAAUUCCCAGACUAUUUUACACCGUCGCACAUGACUUGGUCAUACAGUACAUGACAGUUUAACCAAGCGAAAACCAGGUUGACCCUGUUAUCUACCAGCAUUUCGCCCGCCACUAACAAUGUGCCACAUUUGUGGUAUUUGGAGGAAGUCUAUGUUUUUAAUUAGCUACUGAAUUAUGUAUCCUGUGUUGAUAAACAGGCAUAUUACAAUCUUUUUCUUUCAAAUUCCCAGGUGCUCCACCUGUGCCUACUGAAGAUUUAGCAAAAUUGACUGGGAGGUAAAAACCUUUUUCAUGCAUUGCACUUUACUAGAUUUGUUGAGUACAAAUACCGCGACCAUCAUAUGUCAGAUAGCUUCAGAGAAAAAAAUGAAACUAUAAAAUGGCAGUCACAAUUAUACCAUACAGGGAAGAAGAGAUGAGAGUAGUUUCCCCGCCUAGAUCCUUUCUCUCAGACUCUUUGUUUUGAUUUAUUUGUAUACAAUACAUGCAUGUAUGAUCUUAUAAUAUAUGUAUUAAUUUCUUUAGACGCCCAUACGACCUGUGGAAAGCUGCUUAUGCAUCUGUUUUUCCUCCAGAGGUAAGUGAUUUAUUAAUAUGGAGGAUUUUGCAUAAAAAUGAUGGAAUUUUUGCCUGAAAAUUUGAAAUAGUGAUCAUGCAGUCGACAUGGCUUUUAGGGCCGGCUUUAAUCGAACUCAAUAUUGGAGGAUGACUGUAUAAUUGGUAAAUGCAGUUAUGCCUUGUUUUAGAACCAGCAAGAUACACUGAAGAACGAAGAUAUUACCCAUAAUCCUCAGUAUGCUGAGUCAGGAAUUGAUUCAAUGCGUGCGCAAAAAGACGAGGUAUAUAUGUGAAGGUUGUUUGUAAUAUGACAUACUGUAUCUUGAACCUUAGCUAUUUUAAAAAAUACUGCUAUGCGUGUAUUUUCGGAGAGUGAUACUACAAGUUGUUCUGUAUUUCGAAAAGAUUCAUGUACAAGUGUGGGCGAUAGCGAUACAAGGAAUUGAAACCUGGUGGGGUUUUUUUUGUCAUUGUCGGGCCAUACUGUACCCGAAUUUGCUGGUGGCAAUGAAACUACUUAUUUAAAUGCAAUGCUUUAUAUUGUGCAAAUUUUUGCGUAGGAGCUCGAGAGAUACAAGAGGCAGGCAGAAAGGAAAGCAAGAACUUCUACUCAUGGGAAAACCACACAACCACGGGAAAAAUAAACUGAGAAAAGACAGAUAUCAUGAGGGCUGUACAAAAGGUGAAAUAAAAAUAUGGGAUGUGCUAAUAAUGUAUUAUAGAAGUAAAUAUCACUGUAGACAAUUACCUAUGGAGCUCAAGCAAACGCCUUUUUUGUCAACACGAACGUCGGAUUGCCAAGGGGGGAUUGGAUUAAAAACUGUAUCAGACUGUCAGUUUGUUGGUAAUCUUCAACACAUAUGACAAAACAUAAGUUUUUCGCUUCUUUACACGAGUGCUAUGAUGCAAAAUGCCGCCAAAAUCAGUUAUACCAAUAGACCUUUCCCCUUUUAAAUGAAAUUUUGAUCUAAACAAGCCUGGACAAAAAUUUCAUCACAGCUUGAAAGAGCAUCCAAAAUUAGUGAUAUUCCGAAGUUUCGUUGCGAAAUGUUGUAAAAUGCGGAUAAUAUAGCCUUGCGAAGUUUGCCGUUUUUCAGUCAUUUUAUGUAUUACAAACGGGAAAUUGAUAAUCAGAUGAUUAUCAAUUUCCCGUUUGUAAUUCAAAAUGACUGAAAAACGGCAAACUUUGCAAGGCUAUAUUAUCCGCAUUUUACAACAUUUCGCAACAAAACUUUGGAAUAUUACUAAUUUUGUGAUGCUCUUUCAAGCUGUGAUGAAAUUUUUGUCCAGGCUUGUCUAGAUCAAAAUUUCACUUAAAAAGGGGAAAGGUCUAUUGUCGGGCGACGUUCAUGUUGACAAAAACUUCGCUUGCUUAAGCUCACUAUUGCUUGCAUAGACGACCUUUGCCGUAUUAUUGCACGUAUAUGCAUACAGCUAUUUCAAUUAAGGUUGUCCCCCAAGCAAAGCGGAAAAGUCGUAUACGAGCGCGAAAGGCCGCUGGGAAUCGCUAAUUAAUUCAUUCAUUUAUUAGCGAUUCCCAGCAGCCUUUCGCGCUCGUAUUCGACUUUUCCGCUUUGCUCGGGGGACAACCUUAAUUGAAAUAGCUGUAUAACACUCUUCCGUUUAUGGAAACACAGAUGUCCACAUCAAGUUGAAUAUGUAUGAUAAUUUAAGAUUAUUCAACAUAAGUUAUAAAUUUAGUAAUUUAUUCGAUAUCAUGCAGUUAUUUAUUUUGGCGAGGUUGUGCCUGCUAUCAGUACUGUUCAACAGGGCCGCCGAGAGGCUAUACAAAUUCCCAGGGUGUCUAUGACGUCAUAAUUGCAAAACGGGAGAAGCGGUGCUUUACAAUAUAUUUCAGUUUAUUGCAUAUUAAUUAUACUGACGCAACUAGGAUUUAUAUUCUCGGUUAAAUUUUGUAUCAAGUAAUUUUAAGGGCCUUCGUCGCUUAGGGGGGCCGCUUUUGAGCUGGGAGUCCGGGGGAAGGUGCCCCCCUCCCACGCUCUCGUCGGCCCUGCUCUUCAGGCUGUCGGUAUCCCAAAUCAAAAGUUAAAGCCAGAAUUUAUGCUCAUGCAUGCAGUCGGCUAUAACUAUUCAUACGUCUUGAAAUAUUUCAUUUGUUCUUUUUUCAUUUCACUUUGAAUCAAAUUUAUACUAUUAGUUUCCAAAUUUUUUCAAUGAUUCUAUUAAAUUCUGCAAAAAAAUUUAUACAAAAUGGCGGAAAUAUUACUAUGCAAGUUGUACGUAGUGUAUUGUCAGAAGGUAAUAAGAGAAGUUUAUAUGAACCAAAUACAAUAUAUUUUCACGUUAGCACCUCAAGUUGUUCUGCUGACAAUAUCAGAA